AUGAAAAAGUACACUGAACCUAUUCAUCAUCAUCAUCAAACAACUCCAUUAAUUCCGAUGAAUGAAUCAGUAGAAGGUAAUAAAUUCACUACUACAUCAGAUGUAAAUAUUACUGUAAAUAAUGUAAGUGCAGAUGAAACCCUACAGAAUAUUGCCAUGGAAACUAAAGAAUCUGAUAACAAAAAGCAGCCAACAGGUAAAGUUAAAGGACCAACUUUACCUCAACAAGAAUCACAGAAACCUAGUAAACAGGAAGUCAAUAGGAAGACUACGGUAUUACUAGAAACUGAUCCAGAUUAUGUGGAAUGGGUUCCUCCAGCAGAUCAACGUGGAGAUGGUAUCACUGCUUUAAAUGCUAAAUAUGGAUAUUAA